AUGCCAAGCAUGAAGGCAUUUGAUGCCUUCAAAAAGGCAUUUGAUUCGAUCCACCAAGGCAUGAUGAUGAAGAUCCUGAAGGCAUACAGUAUGCCCCCCAACCUACUCCGAGCAAUAGAGUCCAUGUGCGCAGGAACAAGGGCCAGGGUGAUGACCCCAGAUGGCAAAAGUGAGGUGUUUGGCAUCCUGGCUGGAGUUAUGCAGGGGGACACACUAGCCCCCUUCCUCUUCAUAAUAUUCUUUGCUUAUGCACGCAGGAAGGCAAUCAGUGGGAGAGAGCAGGAACUUGGCUUCACACUAUCUCCAAGGAAGUCGAGUCGAUACCCCGCAGUGGUCCUCACAGACCUUGACUUUGUGGAUGACAUCAGUUUGCUCUCUGACAAUGUGGAACAAGCACAAACUCUACUGAGCAGGGUAGAGCUAGAGUGCGCCAAGGUCAGCCUCAGGCUUAACGCCAAGAAAACUGAGGUCAUCACCUACAACAUCCCACCUGAACAUCAACCUCUAAUGGUCCUGGCUGCGGAGAUAGAGGAGCGCCUGGUUGGUCAGCUGCUGUCCCCUGAGAGGUACAACAAGCUGAUCCGGCCGGCCGUCAACAACAGCCAGGUGGUCACCAUCAGCAUUCAGGUGUCCCUCGCACAGCUGAUCAGCGUGAAUGAAAGAGAACAAAUCAUGACCACAAACUGUUGGCUCACACAGAUGUGGAAUGACUACAGGCUGGUGUGGGACCCUGAUGAGUAUGAGGGGAUCAGGAAGAUCCGGUUGCCAUCCCAACACAUCUGGCUGCCCGACAUCGUACUCUACAACAAUGCCGAUGGCACGUACGAAGUGUCUUUCUACUCCAACGCGGUGGUGACGUAUAACGGCGAGGUGGCAUGGCUGCCUCCGGCCAUCUACAAGAGCGCCUGCAAGAUAGAGGUGCGGGACUUCCCCUUCGACCAGCAGAACUGCACACUAAAGUUCCGCUCUUGGACGUACGACCACACAGAGAUUGACCUGGUGCUGAUGUCGGACUACGCCAGCCGCGACGACUUCAAGCCGAGCGGCGAGUGGGACAUCGUGUCACUGCCCGGGCGCAAGAACGAGGAUCCGCACGACGACACCUACCUGGACAUCACCUACGACUUCAUCAUCAAGCGCAAGCCGCUCUUCUACACCAUCAACCUCAUUAUCCCCUGCGUGCUCAUCACCUCGCUGGCCAUCCUGGUCUUCUAUCUGCCAUCAGACUGCGGUGAGAAGAUCACCCUGUGCAUGUCAGUGCUGCUGGCCCUCACUGUGUUCCUGCUGCUGAUCUCCAAGAUCGUGCCGCCCACCUCCCUGGCCGUCCCCUUGAUCGGAAAGUACCUGAUGUUCACCAUGGUGCUGGUCACUUUCUCUAUCGUGACCAGCGUGUGCGUGCUCAACGUGCACCACCGCUCCCCCAGCACGCACAGCAUGCCACCGUGGGUCAAGCGCGUCUUCCUGGUCCGACUACCCAGUUUCUUGUUCAUGCGUCGGCCCGGGGGCAGCUCCAACAUGCGGGAACGCUUCCGCUACAAACACCGCAAGUGCUCCUUUGCGGACGCCAAGGCCGCAGCGGAGGCCACACGGGACCACCUGUCAACCGCCGGGGCAGCACUAGGCCUGGCGGGGGGAGUCGGGGGUCUGACGGGGGGCGUUGCCGGCGGAGGAGGAAUCAUGGACUCUCCGCCGCCACCGACGUCCGCCUUCUUCGUGAACGAGGACUCAGCGAAGCGGUACGGCUGGCGCUCCGGAGACCUGCCUUCGGGGGAGAAGUUCCGCCGGCGAAUGAACCUGCGCUGCAACCCUGACACGCAGGAGGCGGUGGACGGGGUGCGCUACAUCGCAGAGAAGAUGAAGACCGAGGAUGACGACGAAGGGAUUAUCGAGGAUUGGAAGUACGUGGCGAUGGUAAUAGACCGGCUGUUCCUGUGGAUCUUCGUGAUUGUGUGUGUGACGGGCACCCUUGGCCUCUUCAUGCAGCCCUUAUUCCAAAGCCUCAACACGCCCACCGUGGACGACGCCGAGUGA